UGAAGGAAGGAGCCGAGCUACCGACGAGAUACAUGUUCAUUUUCAUUUGUUUUUUUCUUGAUGGCUUGAUCUUCCUGACGGAGUGAUGGAAUAGCCGCAAUGAGCGGCAUAUAGACGGGUUUCUCGUUGGAUGUAACGCCACUUUUCUGGGACCGAGCUUCACACACGGGGACCAGUUCCAACAUGUUCUUCAAGGAUGAGGAAAACAUUGAGCUGCGGGACAGACAGAAGGACAGUCACACUGAGCCUUUACUUCCUCCAACGCCAAAUUACAGGACAUUUGACUACGUGCUGGUGGCCCACAAGGUGGACGAUGACAUGGACCAAAAGGCUCAGAGACAGAGAGCCUUCAUCCAGCAGCUGGAGAAGAAAAACAUCUCCAUCACUAGGAUCAUCCAUGAUGACAAAGUGUUUUUUGGCCUUCGUGCUCCCAAUGAGAUGUUUCAGGACUACCAGUACCUGCUCAAAGUGUCCGACUCUUGCAACUGGUGUGGCGAUGUGAGGGUCAACCAGGCUACCAGGAUCCGAAUUGUCAAUUUCAUCCUUAAUCAUACCUUCAUCAACACGGGAGAGAACCUCGAUGAAUUGUUGAAGAAGGGUGUGUUUGAAACCAUGUUCUGCCUUCAUGAUAGAAAGAUGCAGAAAACGCUGAAGAAAGAGUGGGCUCGAUGGUCGGGUCUGUUUACAGGCCAGCCACUCGACGACGUCAAGUGUUACUUUGGAGAAAAAGUGGCGUUGUACUACCUGUGGCUGGGCUGGUAUACCAAGCUGCUGGUUCCAGCUGCUGCUCUGGGUGUUGUAGUCUUCCUGUAUGGACUCGCCUUCUUUAACACCAACCCUCUCAUUAAGGAAGUGUGUGAGUCCAACAUCACGAUGUGUCCUCGCUGUGAUAAGUGGUGUCCAGUGUGGCAGCUGUCAGACACCUGCACCUACGCUAAGGUCAGCCACCUGUUCGACAAUGAGGGCACUGUGGCGUUUGCUAUGUUCAUGGCAAUCUGGGCCACUCUGUUCCUGGAGCUGUGGAAGAGACACAGAGCCCGACAUGUUUCCCGAUGGAAGGUCUAUGACUGGUGUGAGGAGGAGGAGGAACUGAUUCUGGAAAUAGUCAAUGAUCCAAACUGUAAUCCCAAUCAGUUCAGACACUCCUACCUGCGGAGCACCCUGGUUCUCACUCUAGUAACUCUUAUGCUGAUGCUGAUCAUCGGUCUCGCUCAAGCCCUGGUAGUGUUUCGAGUGGUGGCCGCCCCCUUGAUGUCUGAAGGCAGCAUUAAGUUUAUCAGGGAUCAUGCCAACACGGUGGCUAUCAUGAUUGGAGCUGUGCUGCAUUAUUUCACCAUUCAGAUCAUGACCCGGGUAAACAGAUGGGUGUCGCUCAAGCUGUGUGACAUAGAGAAGACAAACUCAUUUGCAGCCAUGGAGAGGAACUUCACAGUCAAGAUGUUCACCUUCCAGUUCUUCACUCUCUUCUCCUCACUCUUCUAUGUGGCCUUCUUCCUGGGCAGGAUAAACGGCCAUCCGGGGGAGUAUGCGCGUAUCGCUGGAAGGAGACUGGAAGAGUGCCAUCCUAGUGGUUGUUUGACAGACCUGUUCAUCCAGAUGGCCGUUAUCAUGCUGCUCAAACAGACUCUCAACAACAUCUUUGAGUUCAUUAUUCCCUGGUUUAAAAACUGUCUGAGGAGAAAAACUGCAAAGAAGCUGCAGAGGAAGUGUGGUCAAUGUUACAGGAAGGCCUGCCACAACAACCGGGGACAAUUUGAUGCGUGUGACAUCUGCAAACUUCGGGACUGGCUGUAUAAUUACCACCUGGCCCACACGGACGCCUUCAGUCUGUUCAAUGAGUUCUUGGAGAUGGUGGUCCAGUUCAGCUUUACCACCAUCUUUGUGGCGGCGUUCCCCCUCGCUCCCCUGCUGGCUCUCAUCAACAACAUCUUUGAGAUCCGCCUGGACGCCAUCAAGAUGGUCAACCUGGAACGGCGGCUUGUUCCUCGGAAGACCAACGGCAUUGGUGUGUGGACGAAUGUGUUGGAGGCCAUCGGUGUGUUGGCAGUGAUUGCUAACGGUCUGGUCAUUGGGGUCUCAUCAGACUUCGUCCCGCGCCUCGUCUACCGUUACCGUUACGGCCCCUGCUCUAAUGGAAGCACUCACACACCCUGCAUGCAGGGCUACAUCGAUGACACUCUGUCCACAGCUGUUUUGUCACACGCGGCAGUUGGAAACGACUUUCUUCCAGAUCAGAUGAUCACCGGCGGCGGCUUCAACGUCACAGAGUGCAGCUACAGAGACUACAGGAGUGAUAAGGACUACACUCUGACUUCUCAGUUCUGGUUGGUUCUGGCUGUGCGCUUCGCCUUCGUCAUCUUGUUUGAGCAUGUUGUGGUGGUGUGCAAGUUUAUAGCGGCCUGGUUCGUCCCCAACAAUCCCAUCCAUGUGAAGAAUGAUCGGCUGAUUGACAAACUGGCUCGGCUGAAGGUGGAGCUAGGUGAUAUUAAACGUAGCAAAUCCACAGACGUAUGACCACCUACUGCUGACCUCGGAUCCGUCUCCAGUGAUGAGUCCCGACUGGCUGGAUUGUAUCUGCUGGACGUCACUAAACUUGACUAACCUUAAAUAUUGUGGGAGGUUUAUGUCUCAGGGUAACAUUGGACUUUUUGUGUUGAAUUACUCCUGCUGACACGUCAUCACACAACCACCACACUACAUGUAACACAACAGCUAACAGUAAUGAAUGAUUUCUUUUAUAUUAAAAUAUCAGAAAGAGUA